UGUUGAUAUUCAUACAUCAAAAUAUCAUUUAUAGUUACAUAUGUCGGAUGAUGAAAGCGUGACGAUGGCAAAAUCUUCUCGAAUACUGGCAACUCCACUACCUUCUUGUGCAAGGGUACCAAGGCAAGAGGAUGAUGAUACGAGAUAUACCAAAGAUCCAACAGAUAAAAAGAAAACUAAAAAGCUACAGAUGUCAGAAGAUGAGAGCGUGACGAAUGGAGAACCUGCUGGAAGAUCGACAGCAAUGGCAAGUGCACUACCUACUUGGAUACCAAGGCAAGAGGAUAAUGAUACUGGAUACACCAAAGAUCCAAUAUAUAGACAGAAAACUAAAAAGAUUUCGGAAUUUCACAUUACUACAGCUACAUCACAGUUUUAUAUAGUCAACUCCUGUCGUUUCCAUGUGAUGGAAAGGAUAACUGCUACAUAG